UCCCUACAAGUUCACGUCAGAAUCGGAGAAAAAGGGAUAAAUUUUGUGCCUUCAAGCAUUCGUAAAUUUCAUUAGGAAAUAUUGUUUCAAGAUUGACAAACUGGAUGCUGUAAUUGGAGCAAUAAACUGUGUACCGUUUUUAUUACUUUUGCACGUGAAACGCGCGCGUGGUUGUGAUUUUUUUCAUGUUAAAGCUAACUAUUUUGUGUUCCGCAGAAGGAAUUGGCACUAAUUGGAUGUUUUUAGAGUGGUAACUUGUGUAUGAAAACAGGCCAGUUUGGUUCCAUUAAAAUGUGCGUCGGCGGUAAAGAAGAGAAAUUUAGGAAGAAAAAACUCUGACUAUUGGCUUUGCGUUCUGAUAAUUUACCUUAUUUAUUCGAUUUCCCUAAAUUAUCCCCACCCACUUCCAACCACAUUCCAAUUAAUACAUCUUCCACAAUCAUUCCAAUAAAAUCUUCCAAACUAUGUAAUACAAUUGAUAUUUUAUUUAUCAAUUUAAUUAAUUAAAGCACUCAAUAAUAUUUCUCUAAAUGCAAUUUUUAUCUACUUAUAAUUGAAUUAAUAAUAUAAUCUUAAUUAAUUAAAUGAUAUUUUAUAAAUAAAUUGAUUAAGCCAACUCAUAUUCUAAAUAUAAAUUAAUUGAACGAAAUAAAUCGGUGAUAAUAAUAAUAAAUGUAAUGUGAGAAUUUAAUUGUAAAUUAAAUUUAUUCGCAAUAAUUAUGGUGUAGUAAUUUGAAUAUGGAAUUUGUGAUGUGCUGACGUCACGUUAAAAUGAGUUCGUCCCCCGCUAUAGAGCCCUCCUCCCCCUCCACGACCCCUUCGUCGCCAGCGUUGAGGGCGGAGUGCGCGCAGUUCCAAACGUCGACGCCAAACUAUUCUUCUUUGGGGCGGAAGCAGCAUCAUCCACCAUUGAACGUGGUGCUGCCAGCGACGGCGCCUGCCACACCACCCAUCUACGGCGAGCCAACUUUAACGCCGCCGCCGAGGUCCCCCGGAGCUCCCGUGGUCACGCCCGCAUCCGGGGACUCUAGGGCGCACCCCCCCGACGGGACUUCGUCUGACAAGUCAUCAGAGACAGCCGUCGGCGGCGUGUCGCGCACCACGAGCACGGCCCUGUCCCGCAAGGAGAGCUACAAGGCGCAGAGGCAGCACUACAGGCGGGAGAAGAAGCGCGUCGCGUCUGCCCUGCUGCACUCCAUCGAGGAUCCCUCCGUGGUGGUGCUCGCUGACUGGCUGAAGGUUCGAGGCUCGCUGAAGUCAUGGACUAAGCUCUGGUGCGUGCUCAAGCCCGGUCUGCUGCUGCUCUAUAAGAGUCCUAAAGCGAAGAGUAGCCACUGGGUAGGCACUGUGCUGCUGACGUCGUGCCAAGUGAUCGAGCGGCCGAGCAAGAAGGACGGGUUUUGCUUCAAGCUGUACCACCCGCUCGAGCAGAGCAUCUGGGCGCCGCGGGGGCCGCACAACGAGACCAUAGGCGCAGUAGUUCAACCGCUGCCCACCGCUCAUCUGAUAUUCCGCGCGCCGUCUCAAGCCGCAGGACAUUGUUGGCUCGACGGGCUGGAACUAGCUUUAAAAUGCAGCAAUGCUAUGCUCAGAUGUUCCCGCGCGCGUCCCGAGCAGACGGUGGCGGCGGAGGAGCCGUCCUCGCAGACCAACCUCUCGCACGAGGAGUUGGAGAAGCACUUCAAUGAGCACGAGUUAGCAGGCGUGUCCGACUCUGACAGCGACGCGUCGCGCGGCGUGAUGGUCGGCGGGCAGGAGCUGGUGGACCGGCGGCAGCAGGUGCUCGCGAGGAUCGAAAGGUGCUACGUGGAGGAUCCUGAUCGAGAGACAGGGGCGGCUGGAGAGUUGGUGGAAGAGGUGGCGGAAGAGAACAAGUCCCUCCUGUGGUUCCUGUUGAAGCAAGUGCGUCCCGGUAUGGACCUGUCCAAAGUGGUGCUGCCCACGUUCAUACUGGAGCCGCGCUCGUUUUUGGACAAAUUGUCCGACAAUUAUUAUCAUGCGGACAUUUUGGCCCAAGCUCAAACAAUGGAAGAUCCGUACCAGAGGUUCAAGUGUGUGCUGCGCUGGUACCUCUCUGGGCUUUACCGUAAGCCCAAAGGGCUCAAGAAGCCCUAUAAUCCAGUCUUAGGGGAGACUUUUAGAUGCUGCUGGAAGCAUCGACAGACUGACACCUAUACUUAUUAUGUGGCUGAGCAGGUCUCGCACCACCCACCGAUAUCCGCAUUCUACGUGUCGAACAGGAAGGAGGGAUACGUCAUAGAAGGCAGUCUGCUGGCCCGGUCCAAGUUUUACGGUAACUCGACGUCCGCCAUACUGGAGGGGUGCGCACGCGUCCACCUGCUGGGGUGGGGAGAGACAUACGUCACCACCGCGCCCUACGCACACUGCAAGGGCAUCGUCAUCGGCACGCUCAGCAUGGAGCUCGGGGGGAAGGUUCACAUUAUGUGUGCAGACACGGGCUACCAUGCUGACGUCGAGUUCAAACUAAGAUCGUUCCUGGGCAGUUCGGACCAGACAAACGCCAUUUCAGGCAGGAUAAAGAAGGGCAAGGACACUAUAGCGACAGUAGACGGAUACUGGGACGGCAAGAUCGACAUUAAAGACAAGAAGACCGGGGAAGAAACUAGCCUUCUAGACGUGGCCCUGUUGAAGGAGCAGCGUCUCCCGCGCUACCUGAUGAGGCUCGACAACCAAAAGGAUUACGAGUCGCAAACGUUGUGGCUGAAGGUGUCUGAAGCCAUCUUGAACGAUGAUCAGGUGGCGGCGACAGAGCAGAAGACGAUAAUAGAGGAGGCGCAGAGGGCCCGCGCGAGAAACCUAGUGGCGCCAUGGGUGCCGAGGUUCUUCCACAGGGACUUGCACGUCAUGGCGCCUGAUGGUAUCGUAGAUCAAGGUUGGAAGUAUAACCAUAUUAACACAAACGCCUGGCAUCAAGAUGAGCAGAUCGAAUACGAGGACGACUACGUGAUACAAUCAGUGCGCAGCGGCGGCGCGGCGCCGGGCGUGGUGGGGAGCGUGGUGGGCGGCGUGGUGGGCGGCGCGGAGCUGCGCCGGCGCGAGCGGGAUGCGCGCGCGCACUCCGACUCCGACAGCAGGGACGAGCUCGCGAGGCGCUCCAAGACUUCCACAAUGACGUUGAAGCAAAGUCUAUACGCAAUAGACGCAGCGUUAAGGGAGCAGACGAUGGCCAUAGAGCGGUUAUCGAAGACAGUAGAAGCUAUGAACGAGAGCCAACGCGUCGCCACGGCGUACAGAACGCAGAACAUGGGCCGAAUACCAACCGCAACUCACUCGUGGGACCUGUUCGGUGGCUUCGUGUUAGCGCUGGUGUUGCAAGCCUUGCUGAACUGGAUUUUCUACCACAAAGACUGAUGUUUGAGAUAAAGGUUUGUGUGGGCGUUUGGAGGUGAGGUGUUGCAAGUUUUGUGUUUGGAGGAUUUUGUUAAUUGUUGGCAAUAUUUUGGCUAUUAGAUUUGAAGAUUUUUUCUGGUAUCACCAUGAGUUAGUUGAUUAUGCUUUGAAAUUAUUUGCUUAUAGUAAUGACAAAUAUUUAUUUCAUUGAUAUGUCUAUGUAAAAUUGCCAUUAUUUAUGUAUAAAUAAAACACAUUUCACCUCCAAACAUAGUCUAUGGAACCAUAGACGAUAAAAGGCGAAGUGAAAAAAAAAUGUGAAUAAAAUCCACUAAUAAAACCUACGAUUAAUUCUUUUGUCUACGACUCACCAUAGGUAUAGGCUAUGGUGCAUAAUGGCGGGUGGAGAAAUUCAAAUUUCGAACGGCGUCAGUGUUGCUAGUUUAUUGUUUUUGUUAAUUAUACUAUUUUGGUACAUUGUACAUCGACCAAAUUUUUUUUAGUAUUUAAAGGGGUUUGUCGACAUAUAUAAUAUACAUGUAUUUGACACAACGACGGCUAUAUGUAAAAUGCAGGUUAUUUAAUAAUAUUGGUUGUAUUUAAGAACGUAAUGACGAGACGAGCUAGUAGCUCGUCAAACGUCAUGACGGUAACAAUACUGCUUAUCCUUUUUAAACUUAGUGGAUAGGCGCGAGCGAACGCUAAUGCGAGUUGAGGAAGUUAGUUUAGCUUAGUUCGUAUAGUUAGAGGUGAUGAACCGAGCAUUCGUCCGGGACCUCGCGCGGUGCCGUAAAGAAUCUUUUGUACGAUCUUACCGACGAUGAACUGGGAAACUUUUUUUGUUUUCGGCCGGGGCUUCGUUUUUUUCGUUCGCCUGGGACCUCGCGUCGUUUAGAGCCGCCAUUGCAGUUGACAUUAUUUUCAUGCUUGUAUGAAGGCCGGUAUUAAUACAAACUAAGCUAUGUUCUUUGAGUAUUUGUUUCUAUGCGAGCUAAGGUAAAUGAACUAUUUUUUUCGGUCUACAACCCGCAGUAUGUAUAUAAACAAUUGUGCGGACAAUUGACCGACGGCGAGCAAGCGUGCGGUCCGCAUUGCCGGAGAACGCUCGCGAACGUUCGCUCGCGCUCUUUCGCUUAACAUAUCAUCGGUAAAGAAGAGUCAUAAACAAAAAUCUUAGAAAUCGAAAUAAUGAAGUUCGCGUAUUAUUUCGUAAAAAAAUAUUUAUAAAAUAAUCGCGAAACUAUUCGAUAAUUAUUAUUAUUACUUCAUUACAUAAAAUCUAGUUUUACAUAUAAGUAAAGUUUAUUUUCAGCAUUAUGUCUGUAGAAUUAAUAUCUAAAAUGAAGAUUUUUUGAGUUGUGACUCUUGCCGAUGAGCGAGCAUUGUUCAAUAUCGCCUCGUCGACGGACCCGAAUCUAUGAAGACAUAUUAAAUAAGUUGUAAAGAAAUCAUUAUUAAUAUUAUAAUUGUUGAUUGAUGAUUUUGUUUGGAUCGUUGUUUACUCAAAAUUUUAUUCUAAAGAGGUUUGCGUGGGUUUCUUGGUUUUUUUUUUUAUAUUUCGUAUUUAGUGACUAAAUGCGUGUUUGGGUGCCUCGUGUUUUUUAGCUUUCAUUUCGUUUUUUUUUUUUAUGGAUGAGAUGCAAUUUUGUCAUUGACAAUUGAUGCUGUUAUAUAAUUUGCAAACGUUAAUAUGAAUGACUCGGUUAGAAAACAUAUGCUAGGCAUUCUUACAUCAAAUGUAGUUAUUUGAUCACUAUCGAAUGACAAAAGACUUUUUUGUAGCAGAAUUGAUGUAUUGUAAAUUCCUGGGUUUGUAGCCGUGUUCUUUUAUGUUUUCUAAUAUUAAAAACGAAUAAACGGAAUUAUUUAUGAUACAAUAGGUUUAUUGCUUACAUCUGUCCUUACCUCUUUAAGUUUUAAUGAGGGAAAAUAUUUGUUUCUAAACAAAAUCAUCGAUCAACAACAUUGUAAAGAUAUUAAAUUUUUCAAAGCACUUAUCAUUGAAGUAAUGCCCGAAGCGAUAUUAUAAAAAUAUAAUAGUUUCAAGUAAAGCCUAGUUGGGUGUGGAACGGACUGCCGAAACGAAUGUCCGCAGGUUCAAAUUCCAAACGCACCUCUGACUUUUUGAAAGUUAUGUGUGUAUUCUUUGUGACUAAUCGCUUGCUUGGUGAAGGAAAACAUCGUGGGGAAACCUGCAUCUGAGAAGUUCUCUAUAGGAAUUUUGAGGGUGUGUGAAGUCUGCCCGCACUACAGCGUGGUGGACUAAUUCCUAAUCCCUCUCAGUAGUAGAGGAGGCCCGUACAGUGAGACAGUAUAUAACACAGGGCUGAUAUUAUCGCUUAAAGAGUAAUUUUCCAAUGAUAAGUGCUUCGAAGUUAGUCACAUGCCUCGGCUUUCCACUGUUUUAUUGUUUAUUUAUAAAUAUAAAUUAUUGUGUUUUGAUUCCGUUUAAAGUUUUAUCAUAUUUGACCAAUUAAAAUUGCUAGCUAAGCUAAAUAUGUGGACAUAUAUUAUACGAAAAUAAGGUUCAAUUUUGACUGGUCACCGAGACCAAAAUUAAAAAUUUAAAAAAUUAAUUAUUCUUUUUAACGCGUUUUAUACUUGAUCAGCUUAUACAUACAUGUAUGUUACGUAUUAAGAAUGAAUUUGAGUAACUGAAAGACCAUGUCCUAAAUGAACACAUGGGUUACUUAUUAUCCCGGUAAAUUGCUCCCACGGGAAAUUAUAGGAAUUUUCGAUCAGAUUCUUUAAAUAGAUGACGUGACUUACAAAUGACGCUAUACAUCGCUAAUGUUUAGGAAUUCUGUAGCGGCAAAUGGUAAUCGCGCGAGUCAAGUCGCAAUAACUAGUUAACAUAUUGUUACAUGCUAGGGUUUUUGAUAGAUAAUAAAAAUAUCGAUUGAACUUAAAAACGAUGUUAUUGCCACGAAAACUCUAACAUAGCAACACACACUUAAUCAUAAGUAAUACGUGGUUACACACAAUCUACGGUAUUCGCUUCAGUCAAUUGUAGUUAUCGCUUGUAGUUCGCUUAUCGCUCUUGAUCGCGUCGCAAACUUGACUUGCGGUGGCCGCGCGUGCUCCUUUUAUACCCGGCCGCAUGUACCAUGAAUGUCUGGAACUUUCUCGAAAGAUCCAGAAUGGAACUUUAGAAGAAUUGAGGUUCGUUACCGAGUUUCCACGGCAUUCUGGAAACAUCGAGAUCUUUCGAGAACGUUCCAUCGCCACAUUCGGUGUUAUUAUCAACGUGUGCCAAUGGGAGCAUUAUGAAUGUCGCAUACCACUUAUUUUACGUUAUAUUAAUAGAGAUAAAUGUCACACAUGCUGAGCAUUAGAGAAAUGGAUAUACCCUCUUACUACUGGACACGUCCUCCUUUAAUGAGAGGGUUGUGCCACGCUGUAGGGCGACUUCAUACUAUCGAAAUUCUUAUAGAGAAUUCACAGGUAUGUAGAUUUCCUCACGAUGUUACAACCAAUUGUAUUACUACUUAACGAUGUUAAUAUUGAACUUUAAACGGAAUCAAAAUAAUUAUAAUACACGUUUGUAUAGUUUUCUUUUGGUGUCCAUAAUUAUUAUUUUUAGAGAGCGUAGCCUACGUGCUUGUUUAUUAUAAUCGAAAUUAGUGUAAAGAGAAUAUAUUUUAGGUUAUAUUCAGACCAUAGACUAGGAAAGAAUCGAAAAAAGAAUAAUGUUUUUUUUUACCAGCCAGUGUUUCUUCAAAUGGAUUUGAUUUUUAUGGCAUUUUUUGUACAUUAUGCCAAUUUCAAGUUGAGAAGGUUUGGUUAUUGUGGAGAAAAAAUAUAAAAUUUAAAUAUCGAAUACAGAUCAGUUAGACAAACAAAGGAUUUAUUAUUUUCUACCGGCCAGUGUUUUGCUAUAUAGAAUUGUUUUUAAAUAUGGUAAUAAUGUUUAAUAUUAAAAAAAUAUCCUUUUACAUUCUAUCUUGCCAAAAACUAAUUGAUAGCAAUAAUGAAAACGCUUUUAGAAUUUAUCAUAAUAAUUUUAGAUUUAUAUUAUUUUAAAUGUUUCUGUCUUUAUAGGAUUGUGGUUUUAACUCUAAGUCUGAAUAUAACCUAAAAUCUAGUAUAUUUUUAAUAGAGAUGCUCGAAAUUUUAAAAAAUCUCGCUUGAUACACUGAAAAUUGUCUGUACCAAGGAAUUAUAUGGAAAUUGUAUAAAUAGUAGAAUAUUCAAUUAUUUGGCAACACUAUUAGUAUCACCUAUUUCUAUGGGUCACUUGGUAUGGAUCACCGGUGACUCGCAAGCAUGAGAUACGUACGUUUGUUAUAUAAAUAUAAAUAACAUAAUAUGUAUAAAAUUGUCCCCUAAUAUAGGUAAUUGCAUACUUUGAAUGCUAAUAAAAAAUACAGUUCUUUUUUGAAGAAUUCGCAUCGUAUGCAAGCUUGAAAGUGGUUCAAAAUAACCUUACAUUAGACAUCGUGGGAGUAGAUGGGAAGCCAUAGAUUUCUGUGUAUAUCAGUGAUUGUGGGGGGAGGGAGAGGAAUAAGUAAAAUUGAACCUUAUGUAAAUCAUGAUAUGGAUAGUAAUUAUUUGUAUAUGCGAAUUCGAACGAAAUCAUAUGCCAUUACCUAUAUUACACUAUAUAUGUAUUUAAUUAUAUAUUGAAGACGAAAGCAAUGGUAUUUAGAGGUCGAUAUACUAUCGGAGAUAAACGAUCUUCAUCUCUAUCUCUAGAUUGCACGAUCAUAAACCAGAAAAAAUGAUCGCAAUAUUGUGUUUUGGACUUUUUAACAGAUUAUUAAAAAUUCGUCAUAGAGAAGAUACUAAAUUUAAUAUUGCUUAUUGGUUUAUGUUUUAGAUCGAUCUAUAGAUAGGUAUCUGGAUUGUUUAUCGGUCGUAUGCGGAUUAAUGUUGGAAACUAAGUAGGCUCAUAGGAAUUGGUAGGAAUACAAUUUUGUACCUCCCGACACUGUAUUGUGAAUAUUCGUAUAUUGAUUUUGUUAAAUAGAAAUAAAUUUAAAUAAAUUAAAA